AGCACGGGCAGUCAUUCACCGUCAGAAGAAGCAACCAGUUCACACGGAACGAGGCUACGACAGAUCGCGCGUCGAUAUAUUGGAAUUUUAUUUUUCUUGCCCACUGAGAGCCGUUCGCCGCCGCCGCCGCCGCUUGUCAGUGCGUCACAUAGUGUUCAAUCGAGAGCAAAAUACCGAAAUCGGACAGUGUGUUAUUAUCCGGUCAAAAACGGGAACUCGCCGAUCGAUAAGAGAACAAAAAAUCAUUUGGCAAAACGGGAACUUCCUCGGAUCGUGUCUUGUGAAGUGAUCAACAUUUCUUAAAAGCACAAGAAUUUAUGAACUGUCAAAUGCGAAUCGUCGUCACGAAUGACACAAAACAUAGCGCCUAUUAUCGAGAGCAGUAGAGAGAAUUCCUGUGCUUGCGGAGAGAACGAGCGGACAAAAUACACAUUUUUUACUUCUUGUGUCGCGAAUAAGAAAGAAAUCACGAUUUCUGAUCGCCGAAGCUGUCGCCGUCGCGCGUAAUUCAAUGAGCAAGUCCAGAUUGAUACCGAUCAAGACAUGAAUAACAAGUGCCUAAAGUUCGGACGAAGAGUAAAACAUUCAAGUUGAAGAUCAUCUCGCACUGAGGCCAUCGAAGCAAAUUCCAACUCAGAAUUUUGACUCUUCAAAUCGAGCAAUAGCCGUCUGAAAAAAAAACUGGUGAAACAAGAGAAGAGGGCGAAGUAAUUUCAUUUUAACAAGAUUCCUGUUUCUUCGCUCUUCGUUGGCAGUGUGUUUCGCCUCCGCUUCGCGUUGCCUCAACACACUACACUACUGUAAAAGUUUAUUCUGGUUUCCUCAGCCACCACCUCAACUUGCUCUCGAGUAUUCUCGAGGCAGAGAACAGGCUAGUGUCGACGGUCGACGGCAGUGUGCGCAGGUGUGUGUAUGUGUGGAAACUUGGAAGUGAAACCAACACAAGGCAGACAGUGCAAGUUACCAGCUUCCAAGAAGUUCAAGAACUUGAGCACCACGACGAGUUAGUGGCAGAAGCAGCAGCAGCAAACAAGAACGCAAAAACGGGCUCGGGAGUUUUGAGUUUUUCAACUACGCACGUACAAUGAACGAAUCGAAAUCAUUGAUCAUUGCAAAUUAGAUUUUUUUUUUCUGGUCGGUGAGAUUGCGUGAACACCGAGUGCGUCGGAAUGUGCUGGAACGGGAUGGUCCAUCAAAUCACCAGUUUUAAGCAACGGAAAAAAUCCAGACUCAUCUCGAGAGUCGAAAAUAAGUAAAGUGGUUGUUCGAGUACGGAAACCUAAAAGCAAUAGUGCAAUGUGAAACCUAGUUCAAAAUUGUUAUCGCAGUUUGUAGUUUCGGAGAGUAAACAAAGAAAUUCAAUCAAAUUAGUGCCUUUCGAAGUGUAGCGCAGACCGUGAAGAAACGUGCGCGGUUGAUGCAAGUGUCGGGAAAAUGCCUCACAACAGUUCCACCGGUGAUGAACUCGGUAGUACGGACGAGGUUAAAGUAUUCAAAGAUGAAGGACGGGACGACGAGAAGUUGUCCGAGAAUCUGCUGGAGGAGAAAUCCAGCCUAAUUGAUUUGACCGAAAGUGAGGAGAAAACGGUUAAAAAUGGAACCAGUCGGCAUGAAGCGGGGCCGGUUUACGGGAAGCUACCGCACGGUCAUUCCGGAUUCAACAUGGGAUACCUGGUGCCACCAUAUGCGUAUCCGAAUGGUAGUGCUGGAGGUCUUCCGGUCUCAAUGGCAAACAAGAUGGGAAUACCUCCGUUCUUCUGCCACAACGGGGAUCAUCUCUCGUCACCUCCACCUGCCCACUGUGGAAUUUUGCCGUACCAGUUGGAUCCUAAAACGAUGGGACUUACGCGGCCUCCUCUGUACAGUUUCCCCACUAGCCAGUAUCCUUAUCCAAUGUUAAGCCCGGACAUGCCACUAGUGGCGUCCUCAUGGCACACACCCUCAAUGUACAGCCCAGCGACGGGAUUUCGCAAUCCGUAUCCAGCAUCACUACAGAUUUACACGUCCUUACCAAGUGACUUUUAUCGGUACUCACCCAGUCUCCUCCCAUCGGUACAUUCCCAUCCGAUGCUGAACUCACAUCCAGCCAUAAUCACUCCAGGUCCCAAGCAGGACAUACCCGGUCAAGACUCCCGAUUUGGUUCGGGUCGAUCCUCAAAUCCACCCACAAUCAAGCAGGAAAGUGGCGAGGAAGGAUCUCAGGGUGGUCGAUACUCAUCCGGUCACAGUCGAUCGUCGAACAGCCAUCACAAUCAUUCACAUCACGAACAGAGCAAUCACAGCAAUAACAAUAACAAUCACCAUCAUCAUCACAACAGUGGUCAUCAUAGGCAAUCACUGUCGGAGAAAGAGUUAGCACUGGAGAAGAAGAAGAGUCAUGUCAAGAAACCGUUAAAUGCUUUCAUGCUAUACAUGAAAGAGAUGCGAUCACAAGUCGUAGCGGAAUGCACACUCAAAGAAUCAGCCGCAAUCAAUCAGAUACUAGGUCGGAAGUGGCACUCACUCACCCGAGAGCAGCAGAGUGUGUACUACGAUAAGGCCCGCCAAGAGCGACAGCUUCAUAUGGAACUCUAUCCAGGCUGGACCGCACGGGAUAACUAUGGCUAUGGGGCCAAAAAGAAAAAGAGGAAAAAGGAUAGAAGCCCUGCAGAUCCUGGUGGCAAUAGUAUGAAGAAGUGUCGAGCAAGAUAUGGUUUGGAUCAGCAGAAUCAAUGGUGUAAACCAUGUAGGCGCAAGAAGAAGUGCAUUCGUUAUAAGGAGAUGACGGAUAGUGAGGAGGGUAGAGAUCAGGGUUCGGACGAUGCGAUUGGAAGCUGUGGCAGUAUGGACGAUUCCAAGAGUCCCGAGGAUGAUAGAGAAUCGCUGAACCAAUCGUUAUCGAGUCCACGAAGUAUGAGUGUUCUGUCCAGUUUACAGUCCCCAUCUACGAGUAUAGCCUCACCGUUGAAUCUGCUGGCAAGUCCCGCAACACCAACCAAUUACUACCAUCAUCACGAUCAUUUGGGUUUGGCGUCGAUCAUUGCGGCCCAGCAUCAGCAACAACAACAAGCCCUCCAAAACAGCACCAGUGACAAGCUGAACAACAUCAGCAGCGACAGUGGCCUAAGUUCACAGCUCAACAACAGCUACAGCAACAACUUUAGUCCGUACAGCAACCAUCAUACGAUUCGAAACAGUUCGAACCAGAACAGCAAUAGUACCAGCAAUAACCUCAGCUCGGCAGUCGCUAGUCCACCAGGUCUCCUGAACGGUGGCACCAGUAGUAGCAAGAAUCAUCACAGCAGCUCCGGCAGCAACAGUCUUCCUCCACAUCACCAGCAACCUCAUCCACCUGCCACUGGACCACCUCCAAACGGAAGCAGUAGCAGCAGUAUCUCAGCGUUACAAAUUCCCCCGCAUCUUCAGCAGCUCAAUCUGUCCAGCUCGUCACCUCCCACAUCAAAUAACAACAACAGCUCAUCACUGCCGACGAGUCAAAUCAAGGAAGAACCUGGCUGCCUCAGGAACAGUCCACCCAACUUCCUCUUGCACCAUCACCAUCUAGCAGUAGCCGCAGCAGCAGCAGCUCAAAUGCACAAAAACAACGGAGAUCUCAUUUCGACGGGAGAUCUAUCCCACAGUUCCACGACGAACAACGACAGCGGACGAAGCACCGGCAGCAGUCAAGCCAACAGCACUAGUGAUAGGUAGUUAACGCCCAAAGGGGAACGACAGGAGAUAAUUCGCAAAUGCAACGCAAAUUCACCGCACCCGAAACGAAACGAACGACGUCAAGGGGUGACGAGGUGAAUACCAAGUGUCAAUGUUCUAACUGUGAUCCAACGAGCGAGAACGAGAAAAUUGCGUUAAAUACAACCUUCGGCCUUUCGGGUGCUCUCCAGGAACAAGAAGAAGUGCGCCAACCCUACUUAAUUGAUCAUUUUCGAGGCUAGUUUCGAAGCCCAUUAUUAUCGCAGUCAUUGUUUGCAUUGAACCUGGAAGCAGCAGUCCGUUUAACAGCGCACCACAACAACCACAAAACCAGGUGAUGAGAAGCGAAGAAGUGAAGCGCAAACGAGCGACAGGGCGAAAGGAGAGAGAGAAUGCUUAAUUUGACACAUUGUACCCCUUGCGCACUCUCACCUCGUUUCAUCGCAAAAGAACCUCGCUGCAAGUCGUCGUCAGGUCCGUCCGCCGUCACCGUCGCGCCCAAGUUCCGAGGCAUUUACGAAGUUAAUGGCAUUCAAAAUCGAAAAACACAGCAUCACUUAUUAAUCGUUUGUCCGUUGUUUAUGAGCAUGAUGAGCGAACGAGCGAAGAAAGAGUCAGACCAGGGAGUUAACCAACCACGAGACAACAGUACGCGCGAACGGGAAGCGACCGGAGACGAAAAGGUUUUUUGUCUCCUCUUUAAUGGUUAAGUUUCUGUUUUCUUUUUAGACAUUCUUUUUAUCUCCUUUCUCAAAACAUCAACAUCAACAACAACAAAAAACGAAGAAAUUAAUGUGAGUGUGUGAAACGAUCAAUCUCCUUCUUGGAAAUGCACGGCCCAAACAGAAGGGAAUACGCAGUGGAAGAAGAGUAGGAUAAAGAAGAAGCAGCAAAAAUGACCAGAAGAAGAAUUGUUUGGAAACAAGUUUCUUUCAGAGAGUCAGAGAUAGCCAAGAGUGAGGUCAGGGUAGGCAAUGCAAAGAAGUAAAAGAAGAAGCAAGAGAGAAAAUCAAUCAAGUGUGAUACAAAAGCAAUAAUAAUAACGAAGCGAAUGGAUAACAAGAAGAAUCGGAAGAAGAGCAAAAGCAAGCAGAUAAAUUAAAGGAAGAGUUAUGAAGUGAGUACACACUUUUCGAGCCUCACCCGUCGUCGUCGUCGUGGUCGUCGUCGUCGUCGUCUCCGUCGAUUACGCCUCCGAAUGUGUGCGUGUCUGACGAUGUCUUUCGCGCCCUCGUCAGGAGCUUCGGAUCGGGAUUUUUUUCAUGCCUCCUCCUGUGUUGCGAAAAGGAGCGCCCAAUCCCAAUACGUGGAACAUGUGCGUGUGCUAGUUUUCUUUUGUUUCUGGGAGCGUCAUUCGUGAUUGUGUCAAUUGUUUGCCAAAUACGCGUGAAAGUUCUAAGAGACACCUCAGAUGCACGCGAUUUGCCGGAAAAGAACCGUGAAACUCAACUCGAAUUGAUUCCGGCCCGUGAGGCGAUGAAGAAGAAAUGAAAAUACGCAGCGCCUCGGGUGAGCCUUGUUAGAGAAAUCCGGCAAGUGAAGGUAGAGGAUAAUCGGUCGGUCGGUUGGUGGUGCAGCUACUGGAAAUUUCGGGUUUUUGCGAAUGGUGAACAAACAAGUGCGUCUGAUUGAAUGGAAUUAGCUGACCGGUAGCCGGUCGGAGCGACGUAUGCAAUGCAAUAAUGAGGCCUUAGCACUUGUUCAAGGAGUUGCAACCAAUAUGAAGUAAGUUCUAGCAAAUCUCUUUGGGGUUAUGUUGACGAGAAAUUUUAUUGACCAAAUGACUGGCUGGUUCAGUGAAGAGCGAUUGAAUGAAUGUACAUAUGUCGUAUUACUUUUGGAUGUAAAAUAUAAAUAGAAUAUUUAAAAGAUGUGACAAGAUAGAGAGUAAGACUUAUUGAUGAGAACAUAUUUGAUUUAUAGAAACGGUUUUAUAAUAAACAAACAUGAUGAAUGAAAAGAUCGAAACAAUUGAAA